CAGGAAGUGACAUUCGUUUGAUAUCUAAGUACAGUAAUAGAAUGAGUGGUAGAGGUAAAACCGGCGGCAAAGCUCGCGCUAAGGCCAAGACCCGUUCUUCCAGGGCUGGCUUGCAGUUCCCUGUCGGCCGUGUCCACAGGUUGCUCCGUAAAGGGAACUAUGCUGAGCGAGUUGGUGCUGGAGCUCCAGUUUAUUUGGCUGCUGUGCUCGAGUAUCUCACUGCUGAAAUCCUAGAGUUGGCUGGUAACGCUGCCCGCGACAACAAGAAGACGCGCAUCAUUCCUCGUCACUUACAGCUUGCCGUUCGUAACGACGAAGAGCUGAACAAACUGCUAGGCGGUGUGACUAUCGCUCAGGGCGGCGUGCUGCCUAACAUCCAGGCUGUGCUGCUGCCCAAGAAGACAGAGAAGCCGGCGAAGACCAAGUAAACUUGGCAUCUUGGAAUUGCGUUAACCAUCAAACGGCUCUUUUAAGAGCCACCCAUGUUUUUCUUAAAAGAGCCGAAAUGUCAAAACUGCGAGAGUGCUGUGUUUUGCAUGUAUUAAUACUUUUAAUCGGCGGAGGUUUCAGUCUAGAAUGCUUAAACUGGUCUAGAUCUUUAAUUGCUAUUGCAUACGUAAUGUAUAAGGGGGAGGAAAGUGAGACGAAAGCUGGCGUAUAACUGAUUAGACUUCGGGUUAUUGUACAUGAUACUGAAUCAUUGUGCAUGACGUUCUGGCCGUAAUACUCAGAAUAGGCUAUUUGUUGCUUUCAUACAUGUGAAAUGUGCAAACUGCAAUAACGAAGAUGAUCAGUCUCUAAAUCACAAAAUGUGCUUAUAUUUGUUUCAUGUGUGAAUACGACAUAUCGUAUAGCGAAAUCCUUUACUGAAUGUCAUUCUACUCUACAAGUCUAAUUUCAUUAUGCAUUAUACUUUGAAUUUUAACUCAAAUGUAUAUGUUUUCG